AUGAAUAGUUCAUUUCCUUUUGCUGUUCCCAAACUAAUAAAGGAAAAUUAUGGACAUUGGAGUAUACACGUGAAUGCGUUGCUCGGCUCACAAGAGGCAUGGGAAGUUGUAGAGAAAGGCUAUGAUGAACCAGAGAAUGAACGAGCUUUUAGUCAAGCUCAAAAGAAUGCCUUGCAAAGGCACCGUAAGUUUGAUCAACAUGCUUUCUCUAUUAUUCACAUGGGCAUAGAUGAAGCCAUGUUCGAGAAAAUUGCGUCAUCAACAAAAGCUAAGGAAGCUUGGGAGAUUCUCGAGAACAAUUUCAAGGGAAUUGAAAAAGUGAAGAAGGUUCGCCUUCAAAUCCUUCGUGGGGAGCUCGAAUCUCUGCACAUGAAAGAGUCUGAAUCUGUCUUUGACUAUGUUGCCAUAGAAGAGUCUAAUGACUUGGAUACCACGACCCUUGAUCAACUCAUGGGGUCCUUGCAAGCAUAUGAAGAAAGAUUGAAGAAGAAAGGAGAACCUGUGGCUCAAGUUCUUCAAACGAAUGUCUCCUUGGGAGGAUCUAGCAAUCAAUCGAGAGGACGAGGGCGUUGGAACUAUGGCUCCAAGAGAGGUGGCGGAAGAAGAUAUGACAAGUCGAAUGUUCAAUGUUACACUUGUCAUAAAUAUGGUCACCAUGCUUCCGAAUAUAGGAGUGACAUCACCAAUAAUGAAGAGAGAGUGAAUUAUGUUGGAGCAAAGGAAGAUGAAGAAUUGUCGUUGUUGUUGGCAACCAAAAAAGAAAAGGAUAAACAAUUGUGGUACCUUGACAUCAGUGCCGCCAAUCACAUGAGUGGCAAUAAGGAGUUAUUCUCAACAAUAAAAGAGUCAGUAAAAGACAACAUUAUUUUUGGAGAUGAAACUAAAGUUCCAAUAAAAGGCAAAGGUGAUGUUCUUGUUCGUGCUAAAAAUGGAAGUCAUCUUUUGAUUUCUCAAGUUUAUUAUGUACCUACUUUGAAGUCUAAUAUUUUGAGUUUGGGACAAUUAUUUGAGAAUGGCUAUGACAUUCACUUGAAGAAUCGUUGUCUUAUUUUGAGAGAUGUUUCUCAUAAACUGAUUGCAAAGAAUAAAGAUGAAAUCUUUGGAGCAUUCAAAAAAUUUAAAACCCUUGUUGAAAAUGAGAGUGGCAAAUCAAUCAAAACAUUAAGGACAGAUCGAGGUGGAGAAUUCACUUCCAAGAAGUUUUACAAUUUUUGUGAUACCAAUGGAAUUCAGCAUUUCCUUAGAAUUCCAAGAUCACCGCAACAAAAUGGUAUUGUGGAGCGAAAGAAUAGAAUCAUCAUCAACAUGGUUCGUAGUAUGCUUAAGAGCAAGAGUAAGGAGAAGGAGUUUUGGGCCGAGACUGUUGCAUGA